AUGAACCGCGGCCUGAGCCUGUGCGUACUGAUAGCAGUAUUGGCGGUCGGCGCCCUGACGCAGCCCGUGGCUCCCUCAGAUCCCGCGGGCUCUGGGGUGCAGCGGGCAGAGGAGGCGUCCCGGAGGCAGCUGAGGGCCGCGCAGAGGACGGAUGUCGAGUCCCGAGGGCACCUGGGCGCGCUGCUGGCCAAGUACAUCCAGCAGGCUCGGAGAGCUCCUGCUGGCCGCAUGUCCAUCAUCAAGAACCUGCAGAGCCUGGACCCCAGCCACAGGAUAAGCGACCGGGACUACAUGGGCUGGAUGGAUUUCGGCCGGCGCAGUGCGGAGGAGUAUGAGUACCCGUCCUAG